ACAUCUAUCCUACUUGUUUUUCACACUCGUUUUAACAUUUUCGCUAUUCUCGCUUUCUUCUCGAAACGAAACAUAUUCUUGGUGUAAUUCUUACCACCUCAGGGGCGGGGCUCCUCCGAUACUGAAGACGGCUGACCCGCAAACGCCAGCUUCAGAGUCGUGCCGUACUCUCUCUCUCUCACCCAUUCUUGUAUCUCAAAUUUUCAGGGUAACUUCUUAUCACUAUCCAUGAGGCUCUAUGAUGAAUUCAAAGAGAUAUUAAAGAUUCAGAAGCUUCGAAGAUCCGUAUCUUUUGCUGGCUUCUACGCCUUCACUACGCUUAUCAUCUAUGCUUAUGUUAACAAUACAACUAGGGCUGGGUAUUCUAGAGCUGAUCAAUACUAUGCAUCAUACCCAGCUGGUACCGAGCUUUUAACCGACACCACCAAGCUAUACAAAGCUGCUCUUGGAAACUGCUUUGAAUCUGAAGAGUGGGGCGCAUUUGAGUUUUGUGUCAUGGAAAAACACUUUGAGCGUCAAGGGAAGUCACCAUAUGCAUAUCAUGCUCAAUACAUGGCACACCUCCUUUCUCAUGGACAGCUUGAUGGAAGUGGGUAACCAAUAAACCAUAUGAAGUAUGACAAAGUCGAAAGUUUAGAACAUAAGAAAACAUGUAAACCCAAACGAGAAAACUUGAGGUUUGAGUUUGUCAGGUUUUGAAAUGCUUUAUAUUCUAUACCCUUGUUUUAUUUAUUUUUUAAUAAUGAACAAAGUAGAUAAAUAAUUUUAUUUCUCUUUUAGGAUAGCAUCCAACUUUUAGCAUAUUUUAGUUUCCAUCCCUUUGAUAUAUAAAUAUUCAAAUACCCCUGUAAGUGUUAAAUGCUUCAGAUUUUAUUGUUAAACAGGCUACAUGUAUGUGUAUUUAAUGAAAAUAAUUUCAGUUUCCAUUUUUGUA